AUGUGGUUAAGAUGCUUGAAUGCUACAGAAGCUCAAGAAAUCAUUCCAGAGGUACACUCAGGGCUUUGUGGUGCUCAUCAGCCAGGUCUGAAGAUGAAAAUGAAAAUUAAAAGACUAGGAUAUUACUGGUCCGUGAUGAUGACCGACUGUAUGAAAAUUGCCAAAAGUUCUCACCAAUGCCAAGUACAUGGAGAGGUCUUACAUCACCCCCCAAAUGUGUUACACCCGACAGUUGCGUCAUGGCCAUUUGAAUGUUGGGGCACAGAUGUGGUGGGCCCUAUAGACCCUCCAUCUUCAAAGGGACAUUGGUUCAUUCUAGCCGCUACCGAUUACUUCUUAAAGCGGGCAGAAGCAAUACCGUUGAGAGAAGUAAAAGCACAACAUGUCUUACAGUUCCUUAAGAACCAAAUUGUUUACAAUUUCGGAAUACCACACAAAAUUAUCUCAGACAAUGAGUCUGCAUUCAAAAGCACGAAGAUUAAUAAUUUUGUCAGAAGGCACGGAAUAGAUUGGCGUUAUUCUACAAUUUAUUAUUUGAAAGCUAAUGGAUUGGCCGAGGCUUUUAAUAAGACUCUCGUCCAAAUUCUAAAAAAAGACCUUGGACUGAAACAAAAGGAAUUAGCAUGA